UCGACGCUCUGCUCUCAGCACCUCAGCUAGUCCCGUUGUCGCUUAUCACUGAGCCUCCCCCUGGCAUCAUCAGCAUUCGGUUUUUCCCCAAGAUGGAUCACGACCACGAUCACGGCACCAGCACGGAUGACUCCGACGCCAAGUCCUGUCCCAUGAUCAUGGUGUUCCAUGCCGGUCACUGUGAACGGAUUUUGUGGCGCGGCUGGGUGGCCUCGACUGUCUGGGAGUUUGUCCUGUCCGCCAUCGCCAUCUUCCUGGUGGCCUUCCUGUACGAAGCCCUGAAGUUCCUGCGCCAGCAGAUGGCCCGCAGGGAAGCCCGCAAGCUGAGCGAGCGGCUGGCGGAGGAGCAGCGUCGCAAGAACGAGAAUCCUACUGCCGGAGGCUGCUGCUCUGAGACACCGCUGUCUGAGAUCAGGGAGCAGACCUACUGGCAGCGCCUUUUUGCCUCGUCGCACAUUUUCCAGUCGCUCCUGAAUCUGCUGCAGAUUGUCAUCUCCUACCUGCUGAUGCUCAUCUUCAUGACCUUCAACUACUGGCUCUGCUUGGCCGUGGUGCUGGGCCUGGGCCUGGGCUACUUCUUCUUCGGCUGGAACAAGAAGACUCCCGAUGAGAGCGAGUGUUGUCCUUAAUUCCUUUUUGUUUUUGUUUUAAUUUUUUUAUUUCUUUUGUUGAAAAACUUUAGCCCUUAUUUUGCAUUAGGCUUACACAUCAAGCUGACCCGUCCCCCCAAGUAAUUACUCGCGCAAAUUGUCUAAAAAUACAAUUUUAUUCGAUAGUUACACUUGGUUUAAUUGUAAAUUGAUGUAAUGGUAGCAUAAAUUAGUCAACUAGUUUACUUAAUGAGCAUAUUGUACAAAUAGCAGAUAUGAGAACAAGAACCUAUCCAACGCGUAUAUUAAUCGAUUAACAAUACUUUCAAUUUUGCAAUAAAGAUUUACGUGUCAAAUCCA